AAGUUGAGCCUUGUGUAUUCCUCCGCCAUGACACUUGUUGACUGUGGUCUGUGUCGUCCAACGCUAGUGUGAGGGUUAAUUAUGGCUAUCAUGGCUACUCCAGCAUGUGGGGUCCCCGGGGCCAUGAGUGUGUGAGUGAACACUGCCAUGGCCCGGUAUGGGAGCGACGCCGCCACCGAGGCCAGCCGCCUCCUCCAUACCCUGAGCCUGCACUCCUCCGAGGCCGCCCACCCCUGCCCUGGCCUGGCUGGCGAGGCCUCGUCCGCGAGCUUGGCCAGCUCGCGGGAGGCGUCCAACAACACGCACCAGGACGGGGCAGGCUAUGGCCGCAUUCUGCCGCGGGUAACAGUGGCCGGGGGGAACGGCGCAGGCGCGGGCGGUGGCGCAGACGCAGCGGGAUCGGUGCCGCCCGCCCCGCGAGUCGGCGCCAUCGAGAGUCUUAUCACACCCGGGUCAGACGGCGCGCCAUACACAGUGCCUCAGGUGUACGAGGUACUGGACUCCCGCCGUGUGAUUGCUGCGUCCAAGUUUGCCACGCCCAAACAGCCUGAUGCUGUGGUGGUGAGCAGCAGCAGUGCUCCUACACAGGCGGUGAACGGGGGCGUGCCCUCCACGGGCCUGGUGACAGGAGCCACUUCGACCCCCGCCACUGUCGGUUACGCCCACAUCAAGUCGACCACAGCAGUCAGCAACAAGGGCAGCAGCAGUCACCUUAUCAACGGAGGCAGCAGUAGUGUGCCCCGCCCUGUCAAUGGCCAGGCCCUGUACUCAGGCCACGUGAGGUACGAGCCACCGCCUGUGUACACCCGCAGCACCCUAGGCAGUUCUGCCCAUUCCAGUCCCCGCUCUAGCCUCAGCGGUGGAAGUCAUGAUUCUCUUAACUCCGGCCAGAACUCAAGAAGCAUUCCACAGUGUUUGACGCAACAUUCCAGUGACUAUGUUGUGAAGCCCAGUUUUGUGGGGCAGCUGCAUACUUACGAGAAUAUAAGCUCUUAUCAGCAGUACGGGCCAACGGGUAGCUUGGCAGCAACAGUCAUUGAGAACAAAUACGCCAGCCCGAGGUCCAGUAUCAGUUCUCAAGACUCCAAACAUUCCAGUCCUAGGAGCAGUUUUGUACAUUCCUUGCAAGGUUCUAGUCUAGACCGAACAAGUUUAGCGAGUCAAACUAUUUUAGAGGAAGGCUGUUCCCCACGGCCCACCCUUGGAAACAGGCACUUGCCUCCUCGUAUUGAACAGGACUUAGAGGGCAAGCAGUUUGUGAUCCCCAGAAACAAUGCCUAUGUUCAGGAAAAUGCUCGCCACAGUUCGCAGUGGAGUGUAACCGGUGACUCAGUGAGGCAUAGAGGGAUUUACUACGACGGCCUCCCACCACCUCCAGCACCACCCCAUUCCUUAGGACUUACCCGUCCCACCCACACUCCUGUAGCCUCCCCCAGUCCCACUGCUCUCCCUCCACCCCCACCCUACCCAGGGAAGCCCCCUAGCCUUGCCUCAGAGACAGUUGAUUCCUCUCGUGUGACCUCCGUUGCUUUCCCCCUGGUGACCUCUAACCAUAACUAUGCUAACAUUGAUGUGCUGAAGAGUGUGUCAGGGGCAGAUCCUCCCCCGCCACCCCCAUAUCCUUCCUCAGUGGUGCGACAGUUCCAGAACCUGAGUCUAGGGAACACCCAUUCUCCCCUUGGUUCCCAUUCUCCUGCAUCAUCCACUCCGUCCACUCCCUCCACCCCCUCGACCCCUCAGAGUCUGCUGAGGGCAGGGGGUGUGGUGCCCCCUCCACCUCCACCAUACUCCUCAUCUCUGGUUCGUGCUAAUCAGCAGCAGCAGCAGCAGUUUGUGGUGCCUCCUCCCCCUCCUCCAUAUCCCUCCUCUGUGGUGCGAGCAGUGACCUCAGUGCCAUCUUACGUGCCUGCAACCACGCACGUCGUGAGUGGGCAGGUGGUGCAGGUGCCACCACCGCCACCCCCUUAUCCAUCUUCUGCUGUACGAAACAACAUUAACAAUAGCAAUAGUGUCCAGAAUAACAAAAACAUGAGUCAGGCCAACACGCCCAGUGACCGCCUGGCACAGUGGCAGCACAAACUGGGGACGGGAGGCCAUCCCAUCCCCCCUUCCACCAAUACAGCCACCGCCACCACCACUGCCAUCACCACCGGCCAGGCCCAGGUGCCUCCUGCCCCUUCCUCCUCCACCAAGUCCCUAAGUGGCAAAAAUCUCUUGCCCUACAAUGUCACUGCAAAGUCUAUGGGGAUGAGCGAGGCGGAGAGGAAGUUGGAGGCACUAACGCAGCAGAUAGAGGAGGAGAUGGAAAAGAAGGAGCAGGAGGGAGAGUACUACGGCGUAUGUCACACCUGUGGGGACAAGGUGACAGGUGCUGGCCAGGCGUGUCAGGCCAUGGGCAACCUCUAUCACACCAACUGCUUCAUCUGCUGUUCUUGUGGCCGAGCGCUGCGGGGCAAGGCCUUCUACAAUGUGCAUGGCAAGGUGUACUGUGAGGAGGACUACCUGUAUUCUGGCUUCCAGCAGACGGCAGAGAAGUGUGCCAUCUGUGGCCACCUCAUCAUGGAGAUGAUCCUGCAAGCCAUGGGGAAGUCCUACCACCCUGGAUGCUUCAGGUGCUGCAUCUGUAAUGAGUGCCUGGAUGGGGUGCCCUUCACUGUGGAUGUCGACAACAAGAUCUACUGCGUCCACGACUAUCAUAGAAUGUUUGCUCCCAAAUGUGCAGCUUGUGGGAAGAGCAUUACCCCUGUUGAGGGGACAGGAGAGACAGUGCGUGUGGUCUCCAUGGACAAAGACUUCCACGUGGAUUGUUAUGUGUGCGAGAACUGUGGCCUCCAGCUGACAGACGAGCCAGACCAGAGGUGCUACCCACUGGAAGGCCGCCUGUUGUGCCGCACAUGCCACCUGCACCGCCUCCAUGCCAUGGGCCGCACACCCUCCAACAUACAGGACGUUGGUGCCACGUAUGUUGAGUGAAGAGGAAGGACAGAGGACAGCUGGUCCAUAACAAAGCAGCUCGUCAUGGGUUGGCCUCUUAUCAGAAUUUAUGUGAAAGACAAACUACAGAUUAAGCUUUUUGUGAUAAAAAAAAAAUCACCUCAUUUCCAUGCAAACAUUACAGUGUCCUUAAAAUCAACAAGAACACAUCAAUUCCUUGAGUCAGUACUUCAUAAGUAUGUUUUGCGAAGUUAGUUGUCUCAUAUUUUACAUCAUUCUGUCUCUCUAAUGAUGAAGAGUGUGUGUGUGGUGGUGAGGUCAGUAAAGGGCAGCUGUCGCAGCCACAUAAAGAUCACCAGCAAGAUUAGAAUUAGUUUGGUGAAAUUCCAGUUCUGUUCCUAGUUUUGGUGUGUGUGUAUGUGUGUGUGCGCAAGUGAGUGUGAGUGAUGUGUGUGUGUGUCAAGAGGAAGUUGAUUUAGAGUGUAUAUGUAGUUCUGUAAUUGCUGCAGAAAAUAUAUUUACUUCUUCUAUGUGUGUCUGAAGAGCCAUUGUUCCUGGAAUCAUUUAAGAAACCAUUCAGCAUUUAAUUCACUAUAAUUUCAUGUGUGAUUUUCUUCGUGUGUUGUAAAAUGAUUACUUUUCUUCCAUGUGUAUAAUUGACAAAGCAUAUAUUUUUUUAGGUAAGUACUGGGCAAGCUGUCUUGGUGAUGCAUUUAAAUUACCUUGCUAUUUUUUUUUUUUUUUUUUUCACACACACACACACACACACACACACACACACACCAAAUGUAUAUGUGUGUGUAUAUAAUAUAUAUAUGUAUAUGUAUUAUUAUGUAUCCCAACUUCUGCACAUGCUUUUUUUUCUAUCAUUUGUCUAUUUCUAUGCAAUUUUCUCAAUAUUGUACAAUUUGUUCAUAAUGAGUUUUGGUUCUAAGUGCAUUUAUGUAUUUAUUGUGUAAUCCAUUCUUUCAAAUCGACUGCUGUGAUAGAGGGAGCAUCUCAGGCUACCUUAUUCAGAGAGAACUCUCCCUCAGGCUCUAUGUUGCAUGCCAUGAUGACCUUGGUGACUGCGCAGCCCAGUGGAGGUGGUGGGACUCUGGGGAGGCCAGUGGGAGGCUGGGGGAACAGUGGUGGUGGUGGUGAUGGUAGAACCUGACACUCCCUUUACUUAGGAGUGGCUCAAAUGACCUUGCCAUUUUUGCUUACAUGAUUGUGAGAAUAACUUUGAGUGAAUUGUUUUUAUACAGCCGUUGUUCACCACUGCACUCAUGGUUUAUUUAGUGAACUGCCAAUUGUGAUAUCUCACUUACUUUUUAUUUAAAUUUUUCUUCUGUCUAGAGGAAUGAGAAUGGAAUAACUUCACAGGGGUGUGUGUGUGUGUGUGUGUGUGUGUGUGUGUGUGUGUGUGUGUGUGUGUGUGUGUGUGUGUGUGUGUGUGUGUGUGUGGGGUGGGGGUGGGGUGGGUGCAUGUAUUCGUGCAUGUGUGUGUGUGUCAGGAAAAUCAGUAGCAAAAAGUAUUACAAAUAUGAAAGAUCUGGCAAGUCUGAUAAUGGAGAAUGGAUAAAUGAUAAAAUGAAGAUGAUCAGACAAGAUUUUUUAAAUGUUUGUCACCUGAGAGACAAGAUGACAAUAAAAACAUCAAGAUGCAGACCACGGGGCUGAAAUGAGAAGCCUCAGUGGAUAAUAUGUGAAAAAAAGAAGCAGAGAGGAGAGAAAUGUGGACAAUAGUGAAUAGAGACUUCUGCCAUGGCCUGGCAGGUUCUAAUUCUAAAGAUUUUCAUGGAUCAGGAGAUAUGCAUAUAUACUCACAAUAUGAAUGAAGAAAACAUGAACGGUAAAGUUGAUAAGAAUUUUAAUAUUGUUGAGUUUGUCGCAUCUAUAUAAAGAAUGCAGGCUAUCUUUUACUAAGACUCCCUGGCUCAGGUUCUGAAUUUUGUGUGCCUGAGUGUGGCAUCAAAAAUACAUCCUUUGAGAUGGGUUGGCUGUGAGUACCACCUGAUGUUAGCUGAGGUGUGACUUGCUAGAAAGGGAUUAUUAAUUUAAGUGAUUGCUUUUGGAUAUUAAAAAUAUAGCCUUUGUGAAUUAGUCUUUGGUGCUGGAAGUGAGCUCAAUGAAGGAAUCUACCUGUGGUGUGGCUCCAGGAACAAGCUAGUUCAUUAAUUAAGCUUCAUGUAUGACUGGAUGUCUACAAUACUCAUCCCAAAUGUGAUUUUUGAGAAAACUGAUAUGCAAUGAGAUUCAAAUAGUGUUCUCUUAAAUAAUAAAGCAUUUCUCAUACUGGCUGAAUGACUAGACAAAAACAUUUGAUGAAAGCUUAGAGUACACAAUUUUCAAGAAUCCAAAUUUAUUCAUUACAUGAAUGACUACGCUGUCCUCUGUACAGUGUUGGCAUCUUUACGCAUUCAUAAUUCAUAAUCACAUAUUUUGAAAAAUGUCAGUUUUUGCCAGGUUUUAGUCAUUUUUUAUGUCUUGUUAGGAAAAUUUUAAUGUCAGAGAAAUCUGAAAUCAUGUUAAGGAAUGUAUGCAUACAUUUUCACUGCUUCACUUUUUUCCAUGAAACAUUUUAUUUUCAUAAUCUUGCCAGGGUAUGGAAAGUUUACUGUCUAUCUUGGGUUUUCACCAUUAAAAAUUAUAUCAAAGCUUCUUAUGCCUUCAGUUAUAUUGCAUCUCAUUGCUACCCUGUUAUAUUCCUGUUUCCUUCCUUUCAUCACAUGCAUACUCAAAAUCUAAUUUGAUAGAUAAAAUGUUUAUCUUACUUACCAAUGAAAAUGUUAAUCAGCACAACACAACCCAGUCUAUGAAUAAGCAUCACAAUCCCUUCUUUACUACACACUCACCUGUUCCUUUCCUUGCCGAAGGUUUACACAGCUCUUGGUGGUUUUAUAUCCACCUGUAAACUCAUAAUAGCUGCCUCAUUGCAUUCCAAGUGUAAAGUUCUUCCUAGAAUACUAGUGUUAAUGAUCUGUGUUUUGAAAUCAGGUUCUGUUUGCAUUAAGAGAACUGAGCUCAUAAUGUAUGUUAUGGUGAUAUAUUGUUGUAUUCCCAAGUUAUUUUAAAGAUACAUGAACUGAAAUUAUGAGAAGAAUAUUGUAUAAGAGCAGUCUCUGUAUUUCACUUUCAGUUUUCUAAUAGGUCAUGUGUAACUCUGUGCAACCUUACCCAUUACAAAAGAUUUGGUAAGGGAAGGUGCUACAGAGAGUGAUCAUGUUCAUUCUUAUCACCACAGAGCAUGCUGGUGCUCUGCUCUGUUAGUGUAUGUGUACCUUCCUUGCCUCAGUGUUGAUUACAUUCCAGUACUGUAAUGAUGGUGCCAGCUAGAUUUAUUUCGACUCGCACAGGGGUUAAAAAGAUAAACUACUGGCAACACAAAACCAAGACAAGCCCCACCAUCAAGCCACAUUCCCACCACUUAGCCCAUCCUAUGCAGAAAUUCCAGAACAAAGCUGCUGUACAAGCAGGUGUCAAGGACAUGUGGAGACACAAAGAGUGUGCCAGGCCUGAGGGUGGGGACAUGGCCACAGCCCAGGCCCAGCUCCCUUAGACUGAUUCUAGGGCAUUUCUUUUGUAUCUCAGGAGUUUCUGCAAAUGAAAAGAGUCGGUUUUAAAUGUGGAUCAAUAGGCUAUAUUAGUCAAAGAGUUUUGUAACACACACACACACACACACACACACACACACACACACACACACACACACACACACACACACACACACACACACACACACACACACCCCUUCACAGCUGGCAAGGUUUAUUGCUUAUUGUCUUGUAUAAGAUUACAUACUGAUGUAUGUUGGUCUUUCAUAUUGAUGUAUAGUUUUGUACAGUGUGGCUUCAGUUUGAGAACUUGUGUAUGCAAAUGAAAGUGUCAGUGUGCAGAUGCUGCUUCAUCUGGGUAUAGUUGUGCAGGUUUUGUCGCAUACUUUGAGUAGACCGAGUUUCCAGACACUUUGAAGUGACUCUCAUAUGGGCGGCACCAUGAUGUGGAGCAUCGCAGCUGACUGACUCCUUUGUCUGAUGUUACUCCCAGCCUGCUGUGACAGGCAGUUUGUUCAUUGUCAAAGCUUUUCUACUUAAAAGUACAUUAAAUUGGUAAUUUUAGCAGCUACUCACCUACUUGUCUAUAUGGUGCCUGGCGUACUGAGUGUGGUGUAGUGGCAGGGCUGUCUCUCGCUGGCCAGAAUCGAUAUAUUUUUUCUGUGAUAGGUUACUGUGGUUGUGGAGAAAAAUAAUAGUUAAAUUAAUAUGUGCGUGUGAAGGUUAACAUUUGCAGGUCGACUGUUACUACACCCUGCACGGUGCCCCAGGCAGCUUGUGAUACUUGGAUACUUGAACACAGAACACACAUACACUCACACCCACAGACACACACAUUUCCAAAAAGAAAUCAUGUGCUACAAUCUUAGGCUGGCCAUUAUGUAAAUAAUUGAUACUAUAAAUCAUUUUAAUAAAUAAUGGAAAGUCA